AUCACGCAUGCGCACUUUCUCUCGCGCGGGAGCAGGGUCUUGUGGGUGUUGUUCCUGUGCCUUCAUUCUUUCUGUAGAACCAUAAUUUUUAUCCCAGUUCACAAUGUUCCCGGAACUCAACAACCUUCUCAGCAUCACCCCAGACAGGACCGAACAGGGGAAACUGACUCUUCUCUGUGACGCCAAGACAGACGGCAGCUUCCUUGUGCAUCACUUCCUCUCCUUCUACCUGAAGGCUAAUUGUAAAGUCUGCUUUGUGGCAUUUGUCCAGUCCUUCAGCCAUUACAAUAUUGUGGGACAGAAACUGGGUGUCAGCUUGACUGCGGCUCGGGAUCGAGGGCAGCUUGUGUUCCUGGAGGGCCUCAAGUCCUCUCUGGAAGUCCUCUUCCACUCUCAGGAUGAGCCUCACCCCCUGCAGUUUCUCAGGGAGGCUGGUGCAGGGAACCUGCAGUCGCUGUAUACAUUUGUAAAGGACACCCUGAAGCCUGUGGACGGUGGGGAGUCCCCCUGGAAGUACCCAGUGCUGUUGGUGGACAACCUCAGUGUGCUGCUGAGCCUGGGCGUGGGGCCAGUAGCUGUGCUGGACUUCAUGCAGUACUGCAGAGCCACCGUGUGCUGCGAACUGAAGGGGAACGUGGUAGCCCUGGUGCAUGACACUGAGGGUACUGAGGAUGAGGGGAAUGACAUCCUGCUGAAUGGCCUCUGUCAUCAAAGCCACCUGAUCCUGCGGGCCGAGGGCCUGGCGACUGGAUUCUGCAAGGACGUGCAUGGGCAGCUGAGCAUCCUCUGGAGGAGGCCGCGGCCCACAGCCCAGCGGGCUCGAAGUCUUACUUACCAAUACAAGAUACAGGAUAAGAACGUGUCCUUUUUUGCCAAAGGACUGUCUCCUGCUGUUCUGUGACCUGAUUUGGGACAACUAAAGUGACUUUGGACAGUUUUGGGUGUGGAGGAUACAGCAUGCGGGCAGAAUGGUCCUUCAGACCUUGGGCACACUCUUCAGGCUUGAGUGCAGCUCCGCUGUGACCAGGGAGGAUGGUGCUGAGACGGUGUGCCCACAUCGCCCUCCCCAGGGCUCUGCUCGGAAACGGAAAUGCAGAGAGGUGGUGAACCCCAGCAGAGCGGUCCUUGGGGCGGUCCUUUGGGGCGUCCCAUGGGACUUCGGCCUCACCUGCCUGUUUUGGAGGCUGUGCCAUUAAGAGCCACUGUAGGGAGGAGGAGGCAGUCAGGAAGUUGUCCUGAAUGCAGCCACCCUGGCUGACAGCAGGGACAGCGAUGACUGGAAUAAAGAAGGUUCCCACAGCA